AUUUAAAUCUUUGACAUGACCUUACUCAAGUCAAUAUAAAUGUUAUAUUUUUAAAGAAUGUUCUUUUAAUGUUGAUUUAACAGUAAAUUACAACAGAAAAACUGGGUUUUCACAGAAAGGGUCACAAAAGGUAUCUGAAGAACUGAUGACAUAUGGCAAUUAUAACCCCAUAAAAGUGACAUAUUUAUAUAACACAAACAUGAAAUACUUGUGAAACAAUUCAUGAAUGACUAAACCGAAUUGUUGUUUUUUAGGGAAGAACUAUGAUUAACCAAAACACGUUUUAGCAUGCCACAUAAUAACUAGCAGUGACAGACUGGUGAAGUUCAGCAUAAAGUGAAUCAUUCAACGUAAUUUAUUUUCAUAUUCAGUUUUUUGUAAAUUUUUCGUUUAUGCCUUAGGCUAUUAGAAACCGCAUAUUUUAACUUUAAUUUAAAACCGCAUUUCUUACUCUAACACAUAUGGGGUACCAGUCUAAUACACUGGAAUGAAAGAACAAAAUGAAGAAAAUGAAUUAAAAAAAUUCCCGGGUUGAAUAGAAAGUAACGUCUUGUGUUUCUCUUUGUUUGUGUUGAAAUCAUUUCUUUCGUCUUUCAAAUCCGUUUCACUAAUGCAGCAUAUAAACCCAACAUCUUCUGUUAGUCUUUCACCAAACGACAUUUACACGAUACAAGACAAGUCAACCAGUCAAUCCCAAAUAGACAUCUGUUAAAAUGGAUCUGCGUUGUGUGGCCUGGUUGUGCAGCAUCAUCUGCUUUGCGCGUGUUUAUUCACUUCCAACAAACUGCAUGCUUCAGAAGCACUUAAUAAAGACAUCAUAUACUCUUCUGGAUACUAUGGGGGGUCUUUUUCCUGAGCAAUGCCUGGAGGACGAUGUUAAAAUUAAUUUCCCUCAAAAUGUUUUCGAGGCAAACAGUGCGCAACAGGUUGUUGGUGUCGAAAAGGCCAUUUACCAAACACUGCAGAAUAUUGAAGCUUUGUUUCAGAAUGAUGGCAUUCCUAACGAGUGGAAUGAAAAGAAGUUGGAUGGUUUUUUGCACACCAUAUAUCGCCAGAUCGAUCACGGCAAAUGCAUCCUGAGCAAACCUGAAGCUGGACAGCAUUCUCUUGAAAGAGAUGAAGCGCUCAGAAUUUAUUUUGAGACCAUAUCCGCAAAUAUGAAGCAAAAGGAUUUCAGUUACUGCGCAUGGGAAGUCGUAAGAAAGGAGGUUCUGCGCACCCUUGACUUCAUAGUAAAACACAACACAGACAUCAUGCUAUGAGACCCCGAACAUUUAAUCUAAUUUUAUUUAUUUAUUUAUUUAUUUAUUCGUAUUUAUUUAUUUAUUGCUAAUGUUGUAACGAAAACAGCGAUUAUUUACACUUUUUGCAUCUAAAAGCUGUUAUGUCUUUAUUUCCAUUUAGCACUGAAAAGCAAUAACUUAACAUUUUUACUGUGUGAUCAUAACAUUUUUUACUUUUCAUAA